UCUGGGGCGACGAAAAAGUGGAGGUUGGGUGGGGGGCAGUCCUUUGUGGUUCGAAGCCGUCUCCUCCUUACAGAGAAGGGAAGGGGGCUCGCAGAAAACUCCACUCCGACUACUCCCCGUCUUCUUCUUUCCUUUUUUGGGUAUCAGACUCCAGCCGAGGAGGAGGAGGAGGAGGAGGGGAGAUGGUUAGGGGGAAGACGGAGAUAAAGCGGAUAGAGAACGCGACGAGCAGGCAGGUGACGUUCUCGAAGCGGAGGAAUGGGCUUCUGAAGAAGGCGUUCGAGCUCUCGGUCCUCUGCGAUGCCGAGGUCGCCCUCAUCGUCUUCUCCUCCCGGGGGAAGCUCUACGAGUUCUCCAGCACCAGCAUGCAGAAAACAAUCGAUCGCUAUAGAAUGCAUGCAAAAAAUGGCAUCAACAACAAUGAAGUAACGGAACAAAAUAUUCAGCAAUGGAAGUUUGAAGCUGCUGGCAUGUCAAGAAAGAUUGAAUUCCUUGAAUCCUCCAAACGGAAACUGUUAGGUGAAAGUAUAGAAUUAGAAUCAAGCUCUGUUGAAGAACUGCAUGAAAUAGAGUACAAGCUUGAGCAAAGCCUACGCGUCAUCAGAGGGAGGAAGAAUCAGUUACUGUGUGAGCAGAUUGCACAGCUUAAAGAAAAGGAGCAGACCCUCAUGAAGGAGAACGCAUUACUACGAGAGAAGUGCAAGCUACAAUCUCAGCCACCACUAGCUUCUCUGGAGGAAGCUGUUCCUCACGAGCAAGUUAAUCAGCAAAACGUGGUGGAGACAGAGCUGUACAUUGGAUGCCCAGGAAGAGGAAGGAUCAAUUGCACGUCUCAAUGUUGAACCGACGCUCUUCAGUUCACCAAGGAGCAUGUAUAGUUGUUAAUAGUAUAUAUUGGCUAUGCAUACCUAUCGACAAUAAAUACUAUGUUGAUAUGCUGAAUUUGACUGUUAUGCGGGACUAUUGCAAGCUUCAGUCAGGAUGAAAUGAAGAAUUGAAUAAUGAAUGGAAUAGCUUGAGGAGGCA